AUGCCUUCGACUCACGAUGCUCAGCAAGACAAAGACAAGAAGCCCAACGUUCAGUCUGACCACAUCAAUUUGAAAGUCAGAGACCAGGAGGGCAAUGAAGUGUUCUUUAGGAUUAAAAAGAGCACUCCACUGAAGAAGCUAAUGAAUGCUUAUUGCCAUCGACAAUCUAUAAACCCUUUUUCAAUUGUUUUCUUAUUUGAUGGUCAAAAAUUCAGAGGAGAACAGACUCCACAUGAGCUUGAAAUGGAGGAUGAUGAUGAGAUUGAUGCAAUGUGGCACCAAUCUGGUGGAACCCAGACCAUGAACUGA